UAAUCGCAAUGUAAACACGAGCCCUUAUCUGGCGGGUGGCCAUUGCUAAGCAGCUUGAUAUAAGGCCCUUUGCUGCGACUCGGACACUUUCUACGAGGAGCAAAUCCCCCGGUCUUCCCUCAGAACUCGUCCGAAUGGAGUGCAAGUGGAGCGGUGGUUUUGCGGCUUUUCUGGUGUUGUGCUUAGCCCACAAUGCCUCAUCGUCCGCCAUAGACCGACUACUCACUCACAGCCGGAUCCGUGCCAUAAAGGAAGGACCCAACAUGUGCGCUGUGCAGCAAAUCGAGAACGGCAAGAAGUAUUUCUCGUCUUGCCAACUGUGGUACAGAAAGAAGAUUUGCAAUCGCCCAGCGACUGUCUCGUACGAAUGCUGUCCUGGUUACGUAUCUUUGUCCGGACAAACAGGCUGCCCAGCAAUUGUCCCACUGAACAGCAUUUACAAGACAGUCGACGGCCUCGGGAUCAAGGUCACCAAAGCGCGGGUGGACAAGGCAGACCUGGGAAGCGACCUGGAUGGGCCCGGCGCUUACACCUUCUUUCUGCCCACCAAUGAGGCGUGGGAGAGAAUCCCCGCAGCGCAGGCAGCGGAGCUGGAGGACCCGGCGGUGCUCAAGUCGCUGCUGCUGUCGCACGCCGUCAACAAGCGGCUGCUCUCCCGACACCUCAAGUCCGGCUCUGCGCUCGCCUCCAUGCAGUCCGGCCGCUCCAUCUACGUGCAGCAGUCACCCAACGGCAUCCUGACGGUGAACUGCGUCCGCGUGAUCAAGCCGAAUAUCCUGGCCACCAACGGGGUCCUGCACAUGGUCGACGGAAUCAUCCCAAGGGUCUCCAACAACAUCCGCAAGAUCCUGGAAGAGGACAGCGAGCUGUCAACGCUGAAGUUGGCGAUCCAGAAGGCUGGGCUGAUGGACAUGGUGACCAAGGAAGGCCCCAUCACUCUACUAGCUCCAACCAACGCCGCAUUUGAGAAGGUGCCUGUGGACGUUAUGGAGCGCAUCCUGAAGGAUCCUACCUCCCUCAAAGCGCUCGUCACGCACCACCUCAUCCGCGCGGUGCACUGCUCCGAGGCCAUCCUGAGCGGCUCCAGUGUGGACACAGUCGAGGGCUCCUCGCUGGUCAUCGGCUGCGACGGGGACCGCUUGACCAUCAACGCGGAGGCGGUGAUCGAGCAGAGGGACAUCGUGGCCACCAACGGUGUGCUGCACAAAGUCAGCGAGGUCUUCAUCCCCGACUCGGCCAAGACCGCAAUAGAGCUCACACAGACCGAGGAUCUAUCCAAGUUCUCCAACAUGUUUUCUGAAGAGGGCCUCCAGGCUUCCCUGAGGCCCAACGUGGCCUACACGCUCCUCGCGCCAAACAACGAGGCCUUCACCGACAACACCAUGGAGGAGAUGUCCACGAACACCCGUGACAUUCUGCUCAACCACGUCAUCAAGAAUCAGCAAUCGCUCUAUCAGCUGUACGGUGGACAGACGCUGGACACCCUGGGUGGGCGGAAACUGCGCGUGUUCGUCUACCCGACCGCGAUCUGCAUUGAGAACGCGUGCCUGGAGUCCCAGGAGCACACCGGGCGGCGCGGGGCCGUGUUCGUCAUCAGAAAUGUCCUGCGCACGCCGAGCAAGAGUAUCAUGGACAGCCUGGAGAGCAGCCAGCACUUCAGCAUUCUGGUGGAGCUCAUAAAGGCGGCCGGCCUGAAGCAGCAGCUUUCCCGAUCGGGGACUUUCACGAUCUUCGCCCCGACGAACGAAGCGUUCGCAUCGAUGACCGAGCUGGAGAUCGAAGCGCUGAAGGCUGACCCAGACCUCCUGGAGAACAUCCUCAAGUUCCACAUGCUCAAUGAGGUCGUCGUGAGUGGCGGCAUCGCCAACAGGGUGACCAACUUCCUGACGACACGUCUCGGAGGUUCCUUAGAGGCCACGACGAAAAACGGGCACUGCAUGAUCAACGGGAAAGAGCUGGAUGACACGGAUCAGAUGGCGACAAACGGAGUGAUCCACUCCAUCAACACCUUCUUCAGGCCCAAAGAGGUCAGUGGCGUGUCCUUCAACUACGUGCACGGCAUGGUGAAGGUGACUAAAAUCACCAGGACCUUCCAGAGUUACACCGUCACGACCAGCAAGGGCAAGAGCAACUCGAAGCGCUCGGCUCUGCGACUGGCCAAGGCUCCCAAGAAGAAGCCAGCGGAGAAGAGCCCCCGCGCCAAGUCAAACAGCAAGCAAUAGAGAACGCACUCCGACGAAUUUGGCCGGUCUUGUCAAGUAACAAAAAAUGUCUCUUUUGGGGCGGGGGGGGGGGUUAUUGUGUGGGUACGCGAGCAUGUUUGUGUGCGUGCGCAAGAUAUGGUAAUUUGUUGGAACGGAAACUGUUUGGCCCGGGUUCAGCUUGCGUUCACGUCGUCGUCGUCGACAUCAUCUCGUGCCAGUUUUGCUCAAAGGGACCUGCCUCUGAUGAAUCUGAUGCGUGAAAGGUAGGAGGGUAAAGACGCAGCCCUGCAAAUUCUUACUCGUGCAACUGCUGGUUUGAAGGACCCUCCGCUAGAGAGAGAUGUAGAGAUCCCCUCUCGAGGAUAUUUGGCCUACGUUCCCACGCUCUACUUAACUCGUACAUAAACAUGAUCAAACGUUCACUCUUAAAUCUAAGCACAGGGCUGUCAGUCCCAUGGUAAGUGUUUAUAGAAAAUAUCAAAACAAUUAUUGACUUAGAGGAAGAUUAAUUGUAACAAAAAGCAUACGGCAACACACUUUUAAAUCUCUUUUUUGUUUUUCAACUCGUAAAUGACACGCGGGUUCUGAGGGAUGGACUUUUCAGUGCCCUACGUGGAUAGAUGACCAGCAUCGGAGGCAGCGGCUGCAAAGGCGAGCGGGACCGCAGGACCACGUCACUUUGUCUUGAAAUAAACAAACAAGCUUCGGUGCUCUACAAUGCCAAGAAAAGUGAAUUAACGAUGCCACCGCAGACGCAAUGGCCCACCGCCCAUACCCUGCAGCACAAAGCGUAACGUCGAAGGCGGCAUGUGGGAGUGCAGACUGACCACCAGUGGCACAUUCGCGUGCCAGGGACAAGUAUGUCCGUAGGACAACCACUGUUGACUAAGGCCACAGCGUGGUACACGUGUAGUGUUGUGAACCCUGGAGGGAUGGUCAGCUGACUCAACCCCCUGCAUCUAGCGCUGAGCUAUCUGGCCAGAUUGGUGCUGCGGGGUCUCCUAAGCAUGACACUUUAUUGCAACUUUAAAUCCUGAUUAGCCGUAAACAAACACGAUAGCCGCUUAUAUCACUUGUUUUCCAGGCAAAAUAAUAUGCACAUUAGUGUUAGGUUCUUGGCUUACGCUAUCAGAUUUUCAAACCGACCUCGACCUAUCCACUUGAUGCCCACACCAUUUCACGCAACCCGUGCAUUAGCACGUUAAGCUACGUACGUUGCGAACGAAAUUCAAAUGUACGUACGUACAUAAAAUUGUCGCCAUUCUGUCUCAGACCGGCAGCUUCUCCCAAAGUACCUGGGAGGGGUCAUCGAUCCCCUGUCGGAUGAGGGCCUCAAGCUGUGUGGGUCAUCGGCGUGAUUUAACCGUUCCUCGCUACGCGAGUCAGUGCGGAUUGGUGAAGGCAGGCGGCAUAGACGUGGGUGCAUAUCAGGCAGAGAAGACCAUUUGAUUUUGUCCGCACUGCCCGCUGCUGUCAAACACGGAUAUCCUCGCAGCGCAAUGCCGACCUGUAACUACGUGGCCGUCACCCACCCAAAGCAAUGCUCGCAGGAGGACCCACGAGAGAUGACAACAACACGCUAGGUGGUGCUUUACGGCAGUUUCUACUUUGAAUGUGACGAGUGCUCCAUUCGUGGUAAUACGCCUUUGUCAAUUUCCCGGUCUGGUCACUUUUAACGAGAUUUAAUGCGUUGCUCUUGGGCUUUAGAAACUGUAAUAGUUAAACCGUAUACGCAUCGAAAAUGAUAAAUUGGGUGGUGUGAUUACAGCUGGUUUUGAUUAGUUAUCUGUAUUCACAGUGAAUUCACUGCCGUACGUAAAUUCAAAGAGUGCCGUUAGCUAAUAUAUUCAGAUCUGAAAGUAUGAGUUAAACAAGGAAAAGAAAAUGCGCAAAUAAAAUAACAGUACCUGUCUUGGUAUUGCAAGGUGUAAAUGGGAAACGGUUGUUAUGACGGCAGUCAAUGUCUCAGGACUUGGGUAAUAUUGUAAGAUAACUAUUAUGCAUGAAUGGAAAAUAUAGUGGGAAGUUGGUAAGCCAGACAGAGCCAUGACUAACGCCGCAUAAUCUCUUAAGUUCCAAGAUAAAAUCGCGGUGUAAUUCAUUCCAACGGUCAAAAGUAACAGUCUGACUGUGGCCUGAUGAAGCUAGUUGUAAUUACUGGCGAAACGUCGUACUCGGAGUGUAAAUGUUGUGGCUUUGCUCUCCAACACACCAGCGUGCUGUACUCGUGACGAAUUGGCACGUUCUGUAAACUCGACAAUCCUUACUAAUUGGCUGUGUCGGGUGGUGGCGGGUUUAACGACACAUUAUACUUUUACACGAGCUUACCCAAAAAAAGACUUUAUUAUGAACAGUAAUAGUCUUUGGUAGACCAAGUGUAUUUAACUCUUGUGCAUGCAACAACUAAACCUGAACAUGUUAAUAGUUUUACUAUAUAUGCCUCCUCUUAGACGUGUAUCAUUGGCAUCUUUUUCGUGUGUUGAAAUUGCUUCUUUACAUAUUCAUUGCCGUAGUUUCGUGUGUGUUUUUGUAGAAACAAUUUUAGAAGCCUCUUGUGUGUCUUUAAGAAUUGUGUUGAGCAGAUAUGAUAGAAAUUAUAUAUGCACAUACAUAUGCAGUAAAAUAAGGUUCGUAACCAUCGCGAAGUAAGACAUUAAAAUUGACAUAGUUUAUAAUCAUAGCUGUUUAGACGUUGGAUGUAAUAGGCGGUAUGCUCAUACAAUUGUAGAGUGAUUGACUAUUAAGGCAAAGAUAAUUCCACAUAUUUCUUCACGUGCAGUAGCAUUACCUGUUCAGCUAAUAAUGUGAGACAAUCAGCAUUCCACCAAUACUUGAAAACAACAUGAACAUUCUAACAGUGUCACAUCAAGGUGGUAUCAACUGGGACCGAUUUAAAUGAUCAUAGUGAGGUUCUAAUGAACAAUGAGUUCCAUCGUGUUGGUAUUAUCGAUCUCUUGAACGGCUAUGCACUUCCAUCGAGUAAAAUAAGUAGAACUCAUCUUAUCCUAUUGUGGGUUAUUCACAAAUUUACUCCGGUUUAUCCGUACGAAAACAAAGCGCACAAUUGCGGAUAAUCAGAUGCAUUUUCCGUGGAGCUUCUCUUAGCCGUGAAAAUGUGGUCAUUCCACAAAGCAGGACGGGAAUAACUACAGAUCAUAGGAACGAUAGGGCCGCAGAUAAUAUGAGUUUCGGUAGACCCUACAGCGCCAAUUUAUAAUAGGAGUUGUGGGUAAUAGGGUCGCAGAUAAGAGUUAAACUGUACAGCAUAAUAAUGGCAUGUAAUGUACUAACUCGUAAAGGACAUUGUUUUACGCAGCUAUUUCACAGUACAGAUGUAUUGCAGUUAAUAACAAUGUUUUGUUUUUCACAGCAUGUUGGUAUGUUUCAUAUUCCCUGCCAAACACGUCAAUCUUUUUCCUUUUCACAUUGUGGCCACAAUUCAUGUGUUGUUAAAUUUUCCAGUGAGCAUAUAUACACAGCACAGAUGUUUUGCAAUACCACUUUAAAACGAUGCUUGAACCUAUUACAUAAAGUGUGUUCACGUACAGUUCAAUUGACACCGUGCACAAAUAUAAUCUCUCAUCUCACUAUGAUCCGCCAAAUUGUCUCUGCUCCAGCAAUAAAGGCCUCCUUCUUACAAA